AUGAGUGUCCCGCGGACUUUCCUCGCGGUCCAUUUCCUUUUCGCCAACUUGUCCAAAAGUUGGAGUCAUCACCCGGUGUCAGUGCACCGUUACCAUUUCAUCAUACCCCUCGUGGCUGACGUGGACGAGAACAACAGCCAGGGCAUUGGCAAGGGCCGCAAGCUCUGCCCCAACUGCAGCGCCGUCAUUGCCUCUAACGCCAAGCGAUGCACUGCAUGUGGGCAUGAUGCCGUGCGAGGGACCCUGCUGGAGUCUCAGACGCACCUGCUCCACGGAGUGAUCCACACCAACGGAUACGGUCACCUCCUACGAAUCAACGGCCGAGAACGCGGCUCACGCCUCGUCACUGGGCGGCAGCUGAUGGGCCUGUGGGACCGCAUUUGCACCAUGCUCAAUGCCAGGGAGGUGACGUGUAUGGACAUGUCCAAGAAGCUGGGUCUGGACCUGCGUCUGCUGCAUGGGCUGGCGUACGGCCACUCGUGGUACGGCCGGUGGGGUUACCGCUUCGGCAAGGGAUGUUACGGCGUGACUGAAGACGUGUACAAGCACGCCGUCGUAGCUGCGGCCGCGACCCCGCUUGCAGUGAUCGAAGAGCACUACAGGGGGCUGGAUCCUGACUUGGUUGCCAUUUUUGAGCAUUACCGGUCGUGGGUCAGCGAGAACACCUGCUCGCUCACUGCUCCCACACUGUGUACACACGACUCACCACCAGUAGCAUUUGCCGCUCCACCAGCGCAUGCAGCAUUACCGCAUGCUAAAAGCCCGGCCCCUCUCACGCCCCGAUUGCGCUCCCAGGGUCAAGGUCAAGUGCAAGAUCCGUCCCCUCUUUCCCCCCGAACCAGGCUCGGCACAGCUUCGGCACCCACUCUGACUGCCGAGCCUAGCUUCAAGGUCUGGGUGAAGCCUGAGAGAGAGGUGCGGGAAAAGAACAGGGGGGCAUCUGCAGGCACUGAAAGUGACGCUUCUCUUGAUAAAGUCUCCCCUAAUGUGACGCUUAGAGAUAGCCUGGGCAAGGGUCUUGCAGCAGCAGAUCAACCUGACAGCAGAGGGAAGUUUAGUAGUGCUGUAGAGGCACCUGAUAAUACACCUGGAAAACCAGGUGGCAACAGUGGCAAGGUUAUGGCAGGUAGUGAUGUCACCUCCCCCAGAAGCAGACAGGGGAAAGGCCUCAUUAGGGCGUCUGCUACUAGCAUGAUUCCUUCUGAACGGCUUAGAGCAGAGGGCGGAGAAGAGGGAGGUUUAUAUGAGAGAGCAGAGGGGGAAGAAAGAGGUUUAGGGAUUCGAGGAGAAGGAAGGGGAGUUGGGAGGAGAGAGGAGACGCGGGGAAUGGGAGCACGGGAAGGGGCAGGUGUGGCAGUAGGGGGAGGAGCAAUGGAAGGAGAUGUGAAGGGCGGGAAGAGACCACGAGGCAGAUCGCAGGUGAAUGUUUUCAAUAGUGAGGAUGAGGAGUCGUCCAGCUCAUCAGAGGAGAGUGCCCCAGGGGAUGCUGAUAUGCCGGAUGCGGCAGGGGGUUGUGUCCUGCUAGCAGGUGAGGAGGGAGCAGCAGUUUCUGUUAGUCGAAGAGGUGGGAGAGAGAGGGGAGUGUCUGGAGGCAAGUCAGGGAGGGAAUGUGCGGCGUAUGGAGCUUUGGAUCACGAGGGCCAAACCGGUGGGGUUGGAAAACGCAUGAAUGUGCGUGACUCUAAGGAGGAGGGCUGUAAUGAGGAAGUGUGUAAAGAGAGGGAUUGUGAGGGGAAGCACUAUGAGGAGGAGGAGGACUGUAAGCAGUGGAACUGUGAGGGGAGAGAUUGUGGGGGGAAAGGUUGUGGGGAUUCUUAUGAGAAUGAAUGUGGGGCGUAUGACUACAGGGGUUUCUAUGGACCAGGUGGGGAGUGUGAGGAGCUGGGUUGGUAUGCAGAGCAUGCAGGUGGUGAUGGUGCGGGGUGGUGGGGGCUAGAUGCAUGGGAGGAGGAGCUUAGGGGUGAGGUGAUGCAGUGUGGCGGGGAGUAUGGGUGCGGAUUGCUGGAGGGGGAGGUGAGGGGGGAGGAGGAAGUGGAAGGGGAGGAGGGGAAGGGGAAUGAGAGGGAGGAGAAGAGGGAGGGUGGGGAGGAUGGGGAGGAGGGGGAGGGGGUGGAAGUAGAAGAGGAGGAAGUGGAGGAGGUGAAAGAGGAGGGUAAAGAGGAGUGCAUGGUUCAUGUUACAGAGCCGGGGGAAUCAGGGGAAGCUUUGGAAGCGGGAGAAACAGGGGAAGCGAGGAAAGCAGGGGAAGCAGAGAAGCGCUCAGGGGAGAAGUGGGAGAAAAGAGGCACGGAUGGUGCUGUGGUGGGGACGUGUGAGUUCAGGGCGGGGGUUUUGGGAGAGAAGGAUGAGGAGGAGGGGGAGGAGUGGGGAGUGACGGUGGGAAAUGAAGAGGAGAGUGAGGUGAAGGAGGAUGGAAGGGAGAAGAUGGAGGAGGGGGGGAAAGGGGGAAUAAGGGAAAUGAAGGAGGAUGAGGAGGAAUGGGGCUGGGAGGAGGAGGUGAUGGUGGAUAAGGGGGGAAUGGAUGAGGGCAGCGGACGGAAAGGGAGGCGAUGGGCUCUGCGGGGGGAUACGGAUGGAGGGAAGGGCGGUGAAGAUGGAGGGAAGAGUGGUGCAGAUGGUGGGAAAAAGGGUGCGGAUGGAGGAAAAGGGAGUCUGACUGUGGAUGAGGUUGGGGAGCUUGCAGUGAGAGGCAGGGUAGAAGUGGGGAGGACGGAUGCAGAGCAGCAGAGAGAGAAGGUGAAGAGUGAGGCAGUGCACAAUGAGGUCCGAGAGGGCUGGGAAAAGGAGGACGGGGGAAUGGGAGAACCAGGGACGAAGGAGGGGAGGGAGCAUUUGGAAGGGAGGGAGCGGAAGGGAGGGAGGGACGAGAGGCUGAGGAGACACAGGGAUGGGGUGGAGAUUGGGGAGGGGAGAAGAGUAGGCGAGGGAUGUGAGGAGCAGGAGUGCAAGAGAGUGAAGCGUGGGGAAGGUGGAGGAAUGAUUAGAGUGGCGAGGACAGGUUCUGAUUGUGUUGAAGGGGAUACUGUAGACGGGAAUACUGCCGAGAACGCUACUGUUGAAGAGGAUACUCCUGUUGAGGGUACCGCCAGUUUGUUGCAGUGCAGGAGGCAAGAAGGUGAAGGUGCAGUUGAAGCAACACAGCAGGCAGGUCAUUGUCCGAAACUCUCUACUCCUUUGGUUGCUGGGGAAAGCACACAGGCAGCUGCAUCAGCCUGCCCCCCUGGCCCUCCUUCACCUCCUCCCGUUCUCCCCAAGCCUGCAGCCUGCCAGCCCAGCCUCUGCUGUGGAAGAGCCAAAGCGCAGGCCCAAUCCCGAGACCCCCCGCAUUUUUCAGAAGCGCCUCAAGCUCAUGAUGCGUCUAUCUCACCUCCGCUUGCGAUGCCUCAGGGGCAUGUUGCUCCGAUGCUGGCACCUGUUGAGAUGCAGAGGCGGCUAGGGCCGAUUCCAGUGGAGUAUGUGGUGGUGCCCGCUGAUGCUACAGUGGCACAACUCGGCGAGGCUAUAGAGAGGACCAUGAGGGACACCUACUGUGCCAUGUCCAGAUUCAGCGUAUCUCAGCUCCCCCUCCUCGCUCAUCUGCAGUCGUCUGCCUUGGUUCGGCCGAACCUCAGCCCUCGCUGUGUACUGCUGGUUCGGGGCUCAGGCAUGGAUGCAGGCUCGGACCUGUGCUGGGAGGGAGGCUCGGAGGGGUGGGUGGUGGAGUGCAGCUGUGGCACGAGGGAUGACGACGGUGAACAGAUGGUGGCGUGUGAUAGGUGUGAGGUGUGGCAGCACACUCGCUGUGCGGGUUUGGGGAUUGGGAGCGGCUCGCCGUUAGGUUCGGGUGUUGCAUCGGAGGUAUGGGAGUGGGUUCGGUACCAGCUGGAUGUGAUUCGAGGGGAGAUCGACCCUGGGAAUCCCGAGGGAGUGGGGAAGGGGAGCAGGGAAGACGGUGGUGGGGGUAGGGGAUUCAGUACAACGGAGGAGAAUUGGAGAGACAGAGAGCAGUGGCCGCUGCAGCAGCAGCAAUGGCAGGAAUGGGAAAGGCAGGGAGGAGCUGAACCAGAGGACAGAGCCCAUGUACAGCUCUCUCUACACCGAGCCAGCGAUCAUUCCGUCUGGGUUGGACUCUCCACCUUGGUUUCAGGAGCGAAGCGAAGCCUGAUCAGACAUCUCUCCCGCGUGUUUCUGCGCGAGUCAGCGAUCCGCACAGCCAUGGUUUCCGCCUUGCGACUUCCCGUCGCGCACGUCGCAUCCGUCGCGUCUUCAACCGCUGAUUCGUCGAACUCCCGCCUCCGACCGGCGUCCUUCGCGCCUCUCCGCGUCCCUUUACCCAUUUCCAGCUCCCCGUCUCGAUCUUGCCGCGCGGAUCGCCAGUCGGUCCGAGCAAUGGCGACAGAACCAGCAGCGAUCCCCGCCGCUGCGAAGUCCAGCGAAAUCCUUCCCGGCGAGCCGUUACCAGAGGGGUACGAAAGGAUGGAUCCGUAUUCGCUGAUUCCGGCGAGGCGAUGCGGCGUGCUUGUGCACCCGACGUCGCUGCCCGGUCCGCACGGCAUCGGCGACUUGGGUCCCGGCGCGUUCCGGUUCCUGGAUUGGCUCGAAUCGACGGGAUGCACAAUCUGGCAGGUGCUGCCCCUGGUGCCACCUGGACGGAAGUCAGGUGAAGACGGCAGUCCCUAUGCUGGCCAGGACGCCAACUGCGGCAACACACUGCUGCUCUCCCUCGACCUGCUCGUGCAAGACGGCCUUCUCAAGCCUGAGGACCUGCCCCCCACGCGCCCGGUAGAGCGAGUGGAUUAUAAGCAAGUGAUUAUUGACAAAGAUCCUGCUGUUGCCAAGGCGGCCAAGGCACUGGUGAGCAGCGAGGGAGAGCUCAAGGCAGAGUUUGACGCCUUCAGGCAAUCCCCCACCAUCUCUGCAUGGUUGGAAGAGGCGGCUCUGUUCAGUGCUAUCGACGGCGAGCAGGGGGUGGAGUUCUGGUGGCUGUGGCCCAAGGAGCUCAGGGACAGAGAGCCCAACGCCUUGGCUGCUGCGAGAGAGAGACACCAGGAAUACAUUGACGAGUUCGCUGCCCAGCAAUUCCUGUUCCAGAGGCAGUGGCAGGCGCUGCACCGAUACGCCAACAGCAAGGGCAUCAGCAUCAUGGGUGAUAUGCCCAUCUACGUGGGCGGCCACAGCGCUGACGUGUGGGCCAACCCCGAGCAGUUCAUGCUGGACCCUGAAACCCGCCAGCCCACGUUCGUGAGUGGCGUGCCACCCGAUGCCUUCAGUGCCACAGGACAGCUGUGGGGCAG